AUGACUUCGAGGCUGUUUAACCCGGGGUUUCCCUAUGGGCUCUGGGAUGAAGUUAACACAAAAUUCAAAGAUUCUGCAGCUUCAAAUCCACCAUUAUCACCACAAAGCACGAAUGCCCCAUUGGAUCAAUCAACGCUCGAAGCAUUGUUGGCGCACAUACCUCAGGGCGAAGUCGAGAUAUCUACACUUGAUACGAAUGUCACUUGCGCAUGGUGUAACGUUCUCUACAGCGUUGACAUUUCUACAACUGGCGGCACAAAAACGAGGCUACUCGUCGAAUUCACUCGGUGUCGCAAUGCUUCUCUUGCCGAAGACUACAUGAAACAUUAUUUGGCCUUGUUUGAAAGGAGAUUGUCCGACGGAAUAUGGCCUGCUGGCAUUGGGACUCAUUCAUUGCGAACCGACACAAGUGUAUUCUGGAUACGCGAUACAAUAUUCGCAAAGGUGUUUGUAGAUGACUUUUCUACUGAUAUGCCCUCCGACCGCCUCAAACAUCUAAUCCAUAAUGUCGCCAGAAAAAUCGAUGAGCACCUUGAAAAAUACUCUGUCAGUGAGGAAAAUCAAACCAUACCUCAUGCAACCCUUCAGACAGCGAGAAAUAUGCUUGUCGAAGUAGGGCAGACCUUCAAAGUUCAUAUCAUGGAUGCCGGAGAUCUCCACAAGGUCAAGCCAUCUCUGAUAGAACACACGGACCUGGUCACACAGGUUGGCAGUGGCUCUGCUUCGGGAGAGUACACAUUCUUCGCCUUGAAAUAUGGAAAAACAGAAAUCACACUGCCUAUAGCUCAUGCAAAAACGUUGGCAAUGAAACUUUUGAAGUUGACAAUAGACAUCUGCAAAGGCCCAGAGAAGGUGGCCGAGGAUGAUUUGAACAAAGCACGACAGCGCGAAGAGAUUUCUGAAUCAGAGCAUGAGCUACUACACUCAGUUCUGUUUGACGAACAAAACCGGACAGAGCCAAUUCCAGGAGACUUGGUUGUCAAAAUUACAAACGUCCUCUGUGCGCAAGUGAUGAUCUGUCUCCUCAACAGACAGGGACUGGAGAUCCAAAUUCCGGAAGAUGCCAUUAUCGCAAUUGCAAGAAGAUUCGACCACCGAGUAAUGGCCUCUUUACUGGAAAAACGUGGGCUAACAGAACCGCUCACUAGAGAUGUGAUCGAAGCGGCAGCAGAGAAUUCAGAUGGGGACAAGAUAAUACAGGUCUUCCUUCGAGAGGGAUUGGACAUUCCGUUCACAGAAAAAGCGAUGAUUCAGAUUGCAGAACGAUGCAGUCGAGUUCUAAUGAUCGAUUUACUUCACAGAUACGGAUCAGAAAUCCGCAUUCCAGAAGAAGCCAUUAUCGCAAUUGCAAGAAGAUUCGACCACCAAGUAAUGGCCUCUUUACUGGAAAAAGGAGGACUACAAGAACCGAUUACCAAGAAGACAAUCGAAGCGGUGACAGAGAACUCAGAUGGUGGCAAGAUAAUAAGGGCCUUCUUUCGGGAAGGAUUGGACAUAUCAUUCACAGAAUAUGCGAUUGUUCAGAUUGCAGAACGAUUCGAUCGAGAUCUAAUGAUCGAUUUACUUCACAGAUACGGAUCAAAAAUCCAAAUUCCGGCCGAGGCCGUUGUCGCAAUUGCAGGAAGAUUCGACUACCAAGUGAUGGGCUCUUUACUGGAAAAAGGGAGACUGGAAGAGCUACCUACCGGAGAUGUGAUCAAAGCAGCGGUGGAGAAUCCAGACGGUGAAAAAGUGCUACAGACUAUAUUAACCCAAGAAGAAUUGCAAAUUUCAAUUCCCGAGACAGCAAUGGCCGACAUUGCAAGAAAAUUCGGCCAUCAGACGUUUGAGCUUGCUCUCAAGAAGCAAGGAUCCAAAGUGCGGAUUACCAGAGAAAUAAUGGACGCAGCAAGGCACAAUUACGACAAUACCAACGGAAUAAUGAAGCUUCUCCUUGCACAGUCAGGAGUGAGAGACCUGAUUGAAGGAGAAGAACUUGUUUCGUUCGCAAGAUAUUUCGAUGAAGAGUUGAUGGAUCUUUUGCUGACUUCGUUAGCACCAGAGGUUCAGGUUGACCCGGGGGUACCACAGAGAAUGGUCAAAGCAAUCGAGGUAAACAGUAAGAUUGAGGGUCUUGAUAAAAAGAAAGCCCUUGGAGAGAGGAUAAUGUCGACCUUCGUUGAAAGAACUACAGUAGUGGUGUGA